AGUCGAGUCCAGUUUCCACCGCACCCCACCCCGAGCCGCCGUCGAGCCGUCAUGGAGGUGCAGAAGGAGGCGCAACGCAUCAUGGCCCUGUCGGUGUGGAAGAUGUACCACUCGCGCAUGCAACGCGGCGGACUGCGGCUGCACCGGAGCCUGCAGCUGUCGCUCGUCAUGCGCAGCGCCCGGGAGCUCUACCUGUCGGCCAAGGUGGAGCCGCUGGAACCGGCGCCUGCACCCCCGGAGGCCGAGGCCCGCUGUCCGGACCCUCGCCUGCACCCGGCGCGGGAGGAGGAGGAGGAGCAGGCGGCGGGCGCGAACGAGGCGGCGCCCCCCGACGGCGAGCCCGAGCUGCCCAGCCCGGAGCCCAUGGACACGCAGGAGGCGCCGCCGCCGGAGCCCCCGCUUAGCGCCGCCCCGCCGCGCCCCGCCAAAAUCAACCGCAAGCGGCGCAGCAGCAGCAGCCUGAGCGACUGCGGGGGAGACGCGGGGCUGGCGCCCAGCAAGAAGGCCCGCCUCGAGGGCGAAGGCGACGAGGCCGGCGCGGGCCCUGCAGGGCCGGCGGAGGAGCGAUCGCCGGCGCCGGCCACGCAAGCCGAGGGCGCCUUCCCCAACCUGGCGCGCGUGCUGCAGCGCCGCUUCUCCGGCUUCCUGAACUGCGGCCCCGCCGCCGCCGCGCCCCCGACGGCGCGCGAGGCCAAGCCGGCCUGCCGCCCGGCCGACAGCAUGCUGAACGUGCUCGUGCGGGCCGUGGUGGCCUUCUGAGGGGCCCCGGGGCGCGGGCCCUAGGGCCCUGGAGCGCAGCGCACACCCCAGGCGAGGCGAAGCGAAGGGGAG